AAUGUUUUGUUUUGCAGUUGACAGGUAUAUCACGUGAGUUAUGUAGACAACCACAGCACAUCAUGUGAUCUGACACAACUCCCAUUUGAUCGCUGUGAAUUAGAGACAGCGGCAGCACAAUGCAUCACUGGGGUGUUUUGUCCCUUUUUUUACUCUCGAUUGGCAGCUGUCUUUGUCAAUACAAGCCUACUUGGGAAUCAAUUGAUUCAAGACCUAUACCGGAAUGGUUCGAUCAAGCCAAAUUCGGCAUUUUCAUUCACUGGGGAGUGUUUUCAGUUCCCAGCUAUGGCAGUGAAUGGUUCUGGUGGUACUGGCAGGGCCAAAAAUACCCAUCUUAUGUUAACUUUAUGAAGCAGAAUUAUCCACCUGGCUUCACCUACGCAGACUUUGCAUCUCAGUUCCACGCUGAAUUCUUUGAUCCUGUAGAGUGGGUUGACAUUUUUGCCUCGUCUGGAGCCAAAUAUAUUGUGCUCACAACCAAACACCAUGAAGGCUUUACAAUGUGGGGCUCAAAGUACUCGUGGAACUGGAACGCCGUGGCGGUUGGGCCGAAGCGGGAUCUGGUGGAUGAGAUCGCCACUGCUUUGCGGAAACACAGUGAUUUGCGUCUGGGGCUUUACCACUCCUUGUUUGAGUGGUUUAACCCUCUGUACAGAGCCGAUGCUGACAACCACUACAAAACCAAUGUGUUCCCUACUACCAAGACCCUGCCCGAGCUGUACGAGAUAAUCAACAAGUUCAAACCUGAAUUACUGUGGUCUGAUGGUGACGGAGAUGCGCCUGACAACUACUGGAACAGCACAGGGUUCCUCGCCUGGCUCUAUAACGAGAGCCCUGUACGUGACACUGUUGUGACCAAUGACCGAUGGGGAUAUGGCAGCAUAUGUAAACAUGGCGGAUAUUACACCUGCACGGAUCGGUACAACCCAGGACACCUGGUGAAGCACAAGUGGGAGAACUGCUUGUCCAUUGACCAGAGGUCAUGGGGCUACAGGAGAGAGGCCAAACUCAGUGAUUACCUCACCACCGAACAUCUGAUACAAAGUCUCGUGGAGACCGUGUCCUGUGGGGGGAAUCUGCUGUUGAACGUUGGCCCCACACACGACGGCCGCAUCGUGCCCAUAUUUGAGGAGCGUCUGCGGCAGAUUGGUCAGUGGCUUCAGGUGAACGGAGAAGCCAUUUACAACAGCAGCGCAUGGAGAGUUCAGAACGACACUGUCACUCCUGGAGUUUGGUAUACAUCGAAUCCGAAGGAGAACGCAACCUAUGCUAUUUUUCUUUCAUGGCCCUCUGAUGGGUUCAUUGUUCUGAACGACCCCAUUGUGUCACCGUCCAAGACUCAGGUGGUGCUGCUUGGCUAUAAGUCCGUCUCAUGGCAGUCCAUGAGUCCCACAGGUCUGAAGGUCCAUCUGCCCCAGCUGGCCCCCAGUCAGAUGCCCUGCUCCUGGGCUUGGACCCUGCGACUGACUGGUGCGAUGUAGCCUGAGGAUAGCGGCACUGUUAGUUGCUGCUUUUAGGACUAAUGAAGCCAAAGACUGAAGACACUAUGUUUUCCCCCCAACUUUUACAUUAAAAUAAUAAUCAUACAAAAUAAUCUUUAGGAUUUUUAAAAUAAUUUUUUGAUUGUUGCAUACUAGUGUAUCCUAGUAGGGACUCAAAGUGGUGAAGUGCUGUUGCUUUGCUAAGUGAUCAGACAUUUUUGCAUGGAAGACGAGUGAAAAAACCCUGAGCCUAGAAAGCAGAAGAUCAUGGAGAUGUGAUGGUGGACUCUAUUGGGCCAGUAAGCAACCACCUGGCAGAACAUCCUAGCAACCGCAUAGGAACACUCUAAUCUCUCUGAACACCUUAGCAACCAUAUAGUGACGGAUCUAAGAAUUUUUAAUAACCUUUGUGUGUUACUUCAAGAGAGCUACCAUUUUCAUUUUUGUAGUUAUUUGAUUUAUCAUAUUAUUAAAAUUUGAUUUACAUAAUUUGA